AGUGCCAUCCGUGACUGUCCAGUACAUCUAUGGCAUAUGAAGCCACCUGCAUUGAAUGGGUUGAUGAAAGAGAAUACAGUGGGCAGUACAUGUACAUAUACCUUCACUCUUGGCAUCACGUGCUUAAAUCCUAUGAUCUGUAUGACUUGCCCAUCACAUCAUGAACAAAUUAGCUUGAGGGACAGGUGAUGUGAUCAUUCUGUCAUGGGGAAAAUUUGUCUGAGGGCCAGGGUGAUGGAACUGACUCACCAUGAGUGCACAGAGCUUUUGCAGGGUGAUUAGACUUAGUAAGCAUUAAGGAAGGGGCUUUUAGGUUAUUUCCAUUGAUAAAAUGAGUAUUGAACGUACCCUCCGUGAGCCAUGACUGGAAGAGAGCCAGCUGCAGGGAUGAUGCUCUUCCCAUGCUCAGGGUCCUAUUUCUGCUUGCUGUGACUGGCAGUGUAGGUUGUAUUACAAGAUAUUGAAUGUUAAGAAAAAUAAAGUUCUACUUAUUGAUAUUAUUGCGCUCUUAUGGACUACCAAAAAAGAUAAUAUGGAGUCUGUGCAAGGAAAACCGUAUCGCUAUCUGGAAAAAUCAACCUAUGUGUCGCAGGGCUGAGAAAUGUUUCCCAAGUGGCUAAUCGGGCCCCUUCCUUUUACAGGGAGCACAGCAGCAGUGAGAGCAGUACAGAGAGUGAGGCAGGAAUCUACACAUGCGAUGAAGGACGUGAGGCCGACGAUGAGCAGAGUGACUGGUUUGCUGAGCCCGAUCCAGUCUAUGGGGUCCCUGGCUCGGCCAACUCUACCAGGCAGAGGGCUGCGUCGAACCGCCUUUCGUGGUGGAAUGAGAAUGAGUUCAGUCUGUCGUCUUCAGCCAAGGCUCUGUUCAAAGAGAGGUAUGAGAAAAUGUCCGUGGAGAACCAGCAAGCCUGCAGACUCAGGUUCCAAAAGCUGAGAGAGAGGCUUCUGAGACGGGAAAUACGAGCUGGAAGAAGGCGAAUCAGGGACCGCAAGCCAGGCUUUAGCAUUGUCUCGUCAGUGAACGAUAAAGUCUCAAGAUUUCUACAGGACCCCACCCAGUCGGAGCUCCGUCUGCGUCCCAUGACGGACAAGGACCGCGACCAGCUCAAUCACCUGGCCGAUCUGUACUCCCUGACGGUGCGGGGCGGAGACAACCACUCGGCUCCCAUACUCACCAAGACAAGGUGUGUGGUCCAGCAUAGGAAUAGGCCGGGAAACACAAUUACGAAGCAGAGGCUGGAGGUGGACAGCGAGGUGAUGGCGUGCGAAGGAGCCUUCCCGGGGGGCUUGCCGGUGCCCCUGAGUGACAUGAAGAGACGCCGCCGCACCCCUCCCCCUCCCCCCAACAACCUGACAGAGGGCAGCAACGACUCUGUUGAGAGCGUCUUCAACAGCGCCGGAAUUUCGGGGACUUCCUUCCGACCUCCAGUACCCACCGUGAGUUGGGACGACGACCUGGGAGACUGCUGUGCCGACUCCCUUUCGGAGAGGUUGGCCGACUCCGAACCCGACCCCCUGCCAUCACCGACGUCUCUGGGGCUCCACGACUGCACUUUAUAGUCACGCCUGUUUUGCGGCAGCUGCCUUUUUAUUUUAUUUAUUUUAUUUAUUAACUAAUUUUGGGGCAGCAGCAAACUUCCUUAUAUGUCCUCCCCAUGUUUACAAGCCAAGCAUUUUGAUCUCCUUUUUUAAUAUCUUUCUUCCCAUCUUUAUUUAUUUUUUGGUAAGCAAAAUAUUGAUGUGGAUGGGAAAUAAACAGUCACUGAGGCUUUGCAGCUGUAAGGAUAUAUCAAACUGACACCUGCCGUCUGUAGAGAAGUGUAUGAGAAACACUCUAAUUAUAUUUUAGUUGCCCCACUCUUCCUUCAAGGCCUGUGAGGGGCAGAGGUGUCCUCAUGCCCCCUCCUGUUCUGUUCCUGGCCUUCCCUUCCCUCUUUCCUCUCCCUUCACCACCCCACCUGAAGAAAGAAAGUUGUAUAUUUUUACAAGAAUAUAUGAAAAUUAUAGUGUAUUGAUUAGUUACCAGACUUUUGUUAUGAUUUAUACGAGAGAGAAAAAAAAGAGAAAAAGGAUGAAGUAAUGGUUGUACAUACAUUUUCAUACCAGGUUUACUGACGAGGACCUUGCCACUCAUGUUCUAUGCUUUUGAUGGAAAGUCUUGAAAUUCUGCAAUCUCCCUCUCUUUCCUGUGUGUAAUUACCCUGCUUGUAAUAUUAUUGAUAGUAACUCUUAUUUAUUAUAUAAUAUUAUUAUUUAUUUCAUAUAUUAUUAUUGUCUAUCAUACAGAUGCAACAUGCUGUAGGUUUUUACAUUGAGGUUUGUCAGUAUCUUGAUUGAUGCAGAUUUUGGGAUUUUCAAUAUCUUUGAAUAAAUUCUUUGGGCUCUGUCUCUUGCUCUCUCUUUUAACUAAAUUAUAGUUGAGUGUAUGACUCCAGGCUGUGUGAAUGUUUGGCAUUUCACAUUUGAGCAAGAGUUAUUAUUACUUCAAAUUUGAAGAAAUUAUCAUCAAGAGAAAAUUCUAGUUUGGGAGAGCCUCUUUUUUGCAACAAUCCUCGUGUACACUGCCAUAUAUAUAUAAAAUUUUCUACGAGAUCUGUUACAGUUUUGCAAAAAUGGAAAAAGUAAAAUAGAUUUUGCUGGUGACAGGUAAUGUGUUGUAUAUCUUUGAUAAGUAUGUACAUGUGUGUUUGUAUAUAUAUUGUGUGUGUAUGUAUGAGUGUGUGGAAUACAAAGAUUGAGUUCUGUAUGAAAGAAAGUGUAUUGAACUAAAGUCCAGAUUAUAUUACAAAGAAUUUCCACCAAA